UUCCGCACCGCGCCCCGCAGGCAGGCCGGCCGGCAGCGGACGGUCCCGUCGGGAUGCGUUCGGUCAGCUAUGUGGAGCGUGUGGCGCUCGACUUCGGCGGCAGCCUGUUCCCGAGAGCCAUCUGCCUGGGGGACGCCGACAACGACACGCUGAAUGAGCUAGUGGUGGGAGACACCAACGGGAAGCUCUAUGUUUACAAGAAUGACGACAGCAAACCCUGGGCUGUGCGAUCUUGCCAAGGAAUGCUCACAUGUGUUGGUGUGGGAGAUAUAUGCAAUAAAGGAAAGAAUCUUGUGGUGGCAGUGAGUGCAGAAGGCUGGUUUCAUCUUUUUGACUUCACUUCUCCAACUUCAAAACACCCAGAUGCUUCAGGCCACCACGAGUUGGCAGCAGCAGAAGAGCAGAAGCCAGUGUUCAAGCAGCACAUUCCUGCCAACACCAAGGUCAUGCUGAUUAAUGACAUUGAUGGAGAUGGGAAGUGCGAGUUGGUGGUGGGUUACACUGACAGAGUGGUACGUGCCUUCCGCUGGGAGGACUUGUCGGAGAAUUCAGACCAUGUAUCUGGGCAGCUGUUCCUGUUGAAGAAAUGGCUGCUAGAAGGUCAGGUGGACAGCCUGUCUGUGAACCCAGGCCCUGAUGGCUCACCGGAGAUGAUGGUGUCUCAGCCAGGCUGUGGUUAUGCCAUUCUGCUGUGCACCUGGGACUCUGAGCAGCAGGCCACGACAGAGGGGAGAGACAACUCUGCCCCAGGCAGUGAGGCCCCUAUUCGAGAUGUUAUUCUGCACCAAACAUCUGGACGGAUUCACAACAAGAAUGUUUCCACUCAUCUAAUUGGUAGCAUUGGACGAGGCUCCUCCAGUGAGAAUAGUGGCUCAGGUCUCUUUGCCCUCUGUACUCUGGAUGGGACAUUGAAACUCAUGGAGGGAGCAGACAAGCUGCUCUGGUCUGUGCAGGUUGAUCACCAGCUGUUUGCUCUGGAAAAGCUGGAUGUUACUGGCAAUGGGCAUGAGGAGGUGAUCGCCUGUGCAUGGGAUGGUCAGACAUACAUCAUUGACCACAAUCGGACUGUUGCCAGAUUUCAAGCAGAUGAGAAUGUCAGCGCAUUCUGUGCAGGCCUCUAUGCAUGCAAAGGAGGAAGCAACAGCCCCUGCUUGGUUUAUGUCAGCUUCAAUCAGAAGAUCUACAUCUACUGGGAUGUGCAGCUGGAGAGAAUGGAGUCCACCAACCUGUUGAAAAUCCUGGAUUGUAACCCAGAGUUUGGAAGUCUCCUGCAGCAGCUGGGUGUGGAAAGAAGUGAUGUUUCUGCAGUGAAAAAUCUGAUUCACAAGACACUGUAUUUUCCUGAGAAAUGGCAGCAGAGCAGCGACACACAGUGUCAGGACCCUGCUGGAAUAGACUCCUCUGCCCACUGCAGUGUCAUCCAGGAUCCCUUAUAACAAGCCACAUGGAGGCUGACAUCUUUAAUACCUGCACAAACUCUUCUGAAACUGGAAUUGGUUAUCUAAUGGAGACGAGACUGUUCCCAUCUCUGUCAAAGUUUCCAGGCAGCAAAAGGCGUACAGGCCAGAUUCUGUGGUGGGAUGGGCUUGAUUGUCGGCUUGAGUGAAGGUGGUGGGUUGAUUUGUUUUUAGCUAAGGAAGCUACCAGAACAUUGCUGAGUCCAGGGUCCUGCUUAUUUGCCUUCCACUGCCAGUUUCCAUGUUCUCUGCUAGCAAGGCGCUUUACAGGUGACUGGGGAGGAGCACUGAGGACAUAAAUGGAGAGAAUAGCCAAGUUCGGUCUCUGUUUUGGCCUGUUCUUACAACUGCUCUGGUGGUUACUUCUGAGUUCUUAAUAGAAUGACAGACAGAGGAACUGAGUUAAGGAGCAGGUGAGGGCUUUCUCUCCCAUCUAGGGGUGUUUUUAAAGUAGACCCAGCACUGCUUGCCUUUUCUCUGCUGCUGCUCUCUUACCAAGUGGUUUCUCAUGAACUGCUUCCUGGUUCUGAGGAGCUGGAGACAUGUUUGAUAAAAACCACAACUUGCACUAACAAUGUUGUCAAGAGGUAGCAGCUACAGUGAACUCAGCUGUGUUUUCUCCAUCUGUUUGGGCAGGAUGAUCCCAGAGAUGGCUGUGACUUGACAAAGCAGCUGUGAGCUGGGCAAUAAAACGAAUCUGUCUUAAGCAUGGAUCUGUGGUGUUGAGGGAGCUUGGCCAUUCCAUAUUAAGGAGUGGAAGUGCCACACUUCUCUCUUACUGUGGAGGGUGCCACACUAUUCUGAGUCCUGCACAACUGAAAUAAGUGGACUGGAGAUAAUGUUCUACUUGCUGGCAUGCAGUCUGGAAAAGGCUGUUGGUCACCCAGGCUGCUUGUAUGCAGAGGCCAAGGCAGGAACUUUUCCACAUGCUGCUGGUGUUCUGCUUUUCCCCAUCUCAGCUUGCCCCUUGCUUAACUCUGCUUAUUAGGAUAGGAGCAGCAGGCUGACCUGCUGUUUUGCAUCUGUUACCUUUUCUCACUUGUGUGAUGUUUUACUGGACAUGUGUAAUGGAUGUACCUGUUCCUUUGCUCUUACAGCAGCCUGAGAAGGUUGCAUCUGAGGCUAUUGAAAGCCUGCUGUGCUGCACUCUGCAAAAUGUCCAAGGGCAGCCAUAACUGGAAGAACUUUGUGCAGGAGAAAGGAGUGACUUGUCUUUGAGUCAAAAGGACUGUUGAAGUACCCGUAUGUGGUAGAAGGGUGGGAUCUUUACAUUAAGCCCUGUCUUGCAAUUUCCAUCUGUAGAUUUCUAUAAGCUUUAUAAAGAACAGCUUGUGUACUCUGAAUUUGAUAGCUGCGAAAGUUGAAGCAUGGAGCAGUGAACUGGUACGACCUGGUCUGUACCAGCAAGCACUCAUUGCUUCUCAGAUCAUUCAUCCUUCUGAGUCUCUAACUACAGUGGAAGUUUCUCUCCAUUUUGAUGACCUCUGUGUGAAGCAUUUUCAAAUGUUCCCCUGUCAGACUAAGUGUGCAACUGGACCCUUCAGGCAGGAGCUCUCAUGUCAUAAUAGUGCUUUCAUAGCAGUGGUGUUCAGAGCAGCAGGGUUUGAGGUUGUCAGCUGUGGAGAGCUGAUAUUACAGGCAACGAGUAGUGAUGGGCUAAGGCAAGGACUCUUGAAGUGUGUCAGCUCUCGACUGUAACCUCAAGGAAUUGUCAUCUCUUCUGAUUCUGAUUGGUACAGCCACCCAUCCCAAGGGCAGUCAUUAUUGCUUCUGGCAAAUAACUUAGUGUGGCCACUUGGGCUCUCACCAGUCUCUUAGUCCUUUCCCAGUGAGGAUGAAUCUUGUUGGGGCUACUAACUGUCACAGUAGGUUGGUUUCUAGCUACUUCCAGGUUUCUGUUUCCCAGAUGCUAAAGAUGCUCUCUGAUAACCUCCUCUCUGUUCAGGUGCAGUACCAGUUGCUACUCAUUUCCUUUUGUUGGCUGGAAGCAGGUGUCCCUACAAGUGGGGUGAACAGUUUGGUUUGACUGUAUUCUAGCAUACUUUCUGCCUAGCCCUUUUGCUAGGCAAAAAUUUUGCACUUCACAAUUAGUGGAACUGACAUGAAGAGGAACCACAGUCAAGCAGGACUCUGCAGAGCAGUUUCCAGAAGCAUAUAACAGAAAUGACAUUUUAGCAAUGUCCAGUACAUUGCUGAAUGUCUUGGCAUGUGCCGUUCUUCUGUCCUGAACACAGACUACUUUUCUUCUUAAGUUUGUGUAUUUUCAUGUCCUACUUCCCCCCACGCCCCUUUCCUAAUUCUGUGGCUUCUGCUUUUCCCAUGGGGUAUAGAAACAGGGUGGUUACAAGCAACAGAAAACAGUGAUGCCCAAGUUUUCAGUCAUGGCUCACGCAACCUCAGAUGUGAGCUGCUGUGCAGCUGAUGGGCUCUUCUGCUGUGUAUGCUUUGACAAAAAACAGAUGAGAUCCUACAACAGCUUGUACCUUUCAUGGUUCUAUUCAGCAUUGUUUGAUGGGGUAGAUGUUCACAGAUGUACUCUCUCCUCAUCCACUGCUGAGACCCCAGAGGUUCCCGCAGUAAUUGCCUGGAGCAUUUUACUUGGCUGAGAGUUGGGCCAGGCUGAGCUAAUCUGCUAGCUGGAUUUUACAGGCUACUGCAGGCUGCUGUAUUGUAAGUCCCUCUUGAGGCCUAGCAGCAAAACAGGAUUGUUUACAGCCAUAACAGAGAACAACUCAAUGUUGCCCGUUCAUGCCAAAUAUAAACCUUUAUUAGCAACACAAGUGCAAGGGGUUUUAUGAAUGGUUGUGUGACUGAAACUGUUUUAUGAAAAACAACUUUGCCGUACAGGUCAAAUGAUUUCCAAGGAAGGAGGGCCAAAUUGAUCAACUGUUGGACUGCUAAUUGUUGAGAAGAAACAGGAAAGGGUUAAGGAGGGAGAGAUGACAUUUUCCUAAGAACCAUAUUUAAAAGAAAAUGGGGCAGACCCAAUGCCAGUGAUGGACAGGGCAACCUGUGCAACCCAGCCCUCUUUCCUUGUUGGCCCAGGGAUAACAUUGCUGUGUGCUGUGCAAGCCCAGGUGUGCUGCAUUGUGGAAAGCAGAGGUGGGAAAAUACGGAUGCUACAGAUCAUCUGUUGCCCAAAACUCUUCUGCAGUUGAAACGAUUGGAGAGGAAAAAUGCUGAUGUUCAAGGGUUUCCCUGUCAGUUUUACGUUGUUCAUGGCACAUAGUAACUUGCAGAUGCCUUUUGCUGCUGUUUCCCUUGUGCACAGACAGAAAUGAAAACUGUCUAUAGAAGAAUUAAUUGGAACUUCUGUGCUGUUCCUUGGUGAAAAGAUUACUUUCUUUUUUUUUUUCUUCUUUUUUUCAAGUACUGGGCUCCAAGUAAUAAACUAGCUACAGUGAGUACUUUUCAGGUCAAUGCUUCAGGCUACUUCAACUGGCAACAAUUGUCUACUCAGGGAAGGAGCAAUGGAGGCUCUGUCUCUGAGCCGAUAGUUAUACUUUCAUUGUAACUCAUUGUGUGUUUGUCCUUGCCAGACAACACAAGCCAUGCAUUUGGAAUUAUAAGUUGUUCCUUCCCACACAGCAGAAAAUGUUGUCUGCUGCAUUUUACCCAGUAGCAGAUUGGCAUACUCACUGGUGCCAGGAAGCUUUAUGACAGGGCAGGAUUUGCAAGACACAAUUGUAUGUCCCAGUGCCAGCACACAGCAAGUGAGGAGUCCAAAGGCAUUCUUGGUCAGCAGGGGCAUUUGCAGAUAAAUGAUUCAUGGCUUUGGUUAUGAUGCUGAAUUUACUAGCAAGAAAAUACAGGGUGUUGCUUUAUUUUCCUGAGACAUAAUAAACCCACUGGCCAUCCCUGCA